UUGACAGUUAUGCUGUGCGGUAUUUGGGACAAAUUCAUAAUUUAACUGCUACAUUUUUUAUGAGUCAGGACUAAACCACUCUACAUAAAGAAAUGGAGCUUUUGCAUAGAUUGUUGCAGUGUUGUGUGGGAUUUUAUUUAUUUGGACUUGUUAAACAAGAACUAACUUGCAGCUUUGGACAAAUGGCCUGUGCAUCAGGCGACAAAUGUGUGCCGUUAUCGUGGAAAUGUGAUAGGGAUACUGACUGUUCUGACGGCUCGGAUGAAUUUAAUUGUCAUUUCUAUACUUGUUCAGAAAUCAGAAUUUGUUUGUGGAAGCACAUGCAUACCUAUCAAGUGGAGAUGUGACCAGCAAUUGGAUUGUGAAAAUGGAGAAGAUGAAAAGUAUUGCGAUGCGCUGCAAGAGUUUCAGAAAUCAAGUACGAUCUUAGCAAAUACAGCAAAUACAAUAGUGCAACAUCGAGCAAACACCCCUUCGUCCGCCAUGAACACAGCGACAUCACCGACGUCGAAUGCGCUGCAAGGUUUUCAGAAAACAAGUACGACCUUAGCAAAUACAGCAAAUACAACUGUGCCACUACAAGCAAGCACUCCUUCGUCCGCCAUUAACACAACGACAUCACCGACGUCGAAUGCUAAUACUACUCAAAAUAACGGUAGAGAGUGUGCUGACGAAUCAAACAGAAAACAGCUCGAAAUAACAGAUCUUGAAAUUCUGUUACUGAAAAACCGAAUCUCUCAGGAGCAACAACUGUUUGAGCUGAAAUACAGACUUAUUGAAGCACAGCUGAAUUGCACAUGUUGCUGUCGGCUAUGAAAGUGCUAUUUUUUAGUCAAUGUCAAACUUGUAUUUCCUUAUACUGUGUUUUACACAACUAAGAGGAUUAUCAUGAACUUAAAUAAUAAAAUGAUGUAAAUCAAUAAACAGUGAGGUAUACUUUAAUUUUAAUACUGUUGUGUAUUUUUGUUACCGACGAUUUCGUAUAAACAUGUGCAAAUAAAAAAAACACUUGUGGAUCUGUCAAAUUGUCUGUACAUGAUUGAAUUUUAACCUGAUUUCAAAACCUAAUAUAAUAUUAUUUUUAGCAUGUAUUAUCGUCUGGCUGUCUUUAGGACUGGCGUCUCAUAGUUUUUAAUUUCAUUAUUUUCUAUUAGAAUAUUAAUGAGAUUAAGAGAAAGCCUCGCUGUAAAAUAAUCAUCAUUGUAAAACCAUUUCAAUUGUACAGGAAUAAAUUUACAGGAAGUA